CUAGUUUGCAAAAUUUUCUUGUAGAUGGCAAACAACAACAACCCUUUCAACCUGCGAUAUGUUCUUGAAAAGGAAAAAUUAUCUGGAACUAACUUUCUUGAUAAGAAAAUGAAUCUUAAGAUUGUUCUCGAAUGCGAGAAAAAGCUCUACGUCCUAACAUCUGAGCCUCCCAAAGCUCCUGAAGGGAAUGCCCGUGCUGCAAAAAUUACUUCGUACAAGAAGUAUGAAGAUGACGCACGUGAUGUGAGAUGUCUUAUGCUAGCCACCAUGACCCCGGAGCUCCAAAGGCUCCACAAGGACAUGGAAGCUCAUCCUAUGAUGACUCGCUUGAAAGUUGGUCCCCACGUUCUCAAGAUGAUCGAUCAGAUCGAAACUCUUGAAAAACUGGAUGCCCCGUUGCACCCUAUGCUGGUAACUGAUCUCAUCUUGGGAUCAUUACCAGCUGAGUAUAGUCAAACUCUAGUGAACUUCUACAUGAACAAACUAGAGAUGACUAUGCCUGAGCUACUGAAAUUCCUCACAACUGCUGAGGAGAGUCUACGGAAGGGCAAGGGUAAGUCUGUCCUGAUGGUAGAGGGCAGUACUGUUGCGAAGAAGAGUGGGCCACGUUCGCCAGUCGUGACCAAGCGCAAGGGUUCUAAGAAACCCAAGCCAGCGUCCAACUCCUCUUCGUUGAAACCCAAAGAAGGAGUUAAGAAGAAGUCUGAUGUAUGCUAUUAUUGUGGCAAAAAGGGCCACCGGAGGCGCAACUGCGCAACAUUACUGGCAGAGUGGAAAGAGGGAAAGAAACCUCAAACCCAGGUAUCUUCGUUAUUGAAGUCAAUAUGUCUGAUAUCACCUCUUGGGUGAUGGAUACUGGAUGUGGUUCUCACAUCUGAAAACGCAGGAUAGGAAUGGUGGGGUAGUGGUAAAGUGGUGGUAUUUUGGGAAAGUCAAUGUAAAUUUCAACUUUUAUUAAACUCCGUGCCCGGUCGAAGCGGGACCAUUAAUUUUGGACAGAGGGAGUAUAUAAUUGGAAUAUGACCACCAUUAUGAAGCUGAAUUAGGAUAUUGCUAGUAAAAAUUAUGUACCAUGGGUUAAGUGGAACCACGAUAUGCACAUUAAAGGGGCUGAUUUUUUGGAACUGUAUUCCAAGUAAGGACUCCUAGAAAGAUAUGAUCAGAAUUAAAGCGUUUUUAGGUCAAUGCCUAUUAAUAAAGAGUGUUGCGUGAAAGAUGGAUAUGAUUGGCUUUAGGAACUCGCUCCUCUAAAGUUCCAGGUGGUGGUAUGGCUUUGUGAUAUGGCUUUGCAUGCGAAGAUGAUUACAAACUAAGGAUAGACUAGUGAGAUUAUUGCCUAUUGAUAUGAGAUAUGAUUUAUGUGAGGAAGAGAUUGAAACUACCAAACAUCUAUUUUGGAGCUAUCAUUUUGCACAGAGGGUUUAUCAGCUGGUAUUUGGUAGGUAUAACUUGCUUUUUCAAGCUACUAACAUAGAAGAGAUAGCGGCAGUAAUGCUGAAAGUUAAAGGGAGAAUGCCAAGAAUGAAAUUUAUUGCUAUAUGGGCUGCGUGUGCAUGCAUACAGUAUUUGGAGAGUUAGAAAUAGGAUUAUUCAUAAUAAAAAGUUCACGGUGGAUGACUAUUGUGAGUAUGUUACCGCUUAUAUGGAUUCCUAUUUUAUGUAUAAGAGAGUGAGGUAGUAGCUUGAGAUUUUGUUUGCUUGUUUAUUGUUGUUAGCUUGUAUCAAACUCAUGAAUUUGGUAAUGAAUGAUGUGCUUUCGUUGAAAAAAAAUCUAUUUUGAAUACCACUAGACUUUUGUUGAAUUUUUAAUGAUGUUUUAAAAUCUUAAAUGAAUAACCUCCGUCCUGAAGUAUUUGUCCAUUUUUUAUUUUUUCGAUCAAAAUUGGUAAACUUUGACCUCAAAUUAAAUAAAAAUAAUUUUAGAUAUUGAUACAAAUUAGUUUUAUUUGAUUUAUCACAUGAAAUAUUUUCAAAAUAUUAUUUUAUUUAAUUAAAUAGUUUUAUUAGAUUUAUUAUAUGAAACGGUCGGUCCUUAUGAAACUUGCUUUUUGAGUCUUUCUAGUCUCCCGCGUUCGAAUCCCGCGACACACUUAUUUUUUUCCUUCUCAUUUCGUCCGAUGUCCGCCCUCACAUUCCGACCCUAAGUUCCUAUUCGUUUUAAAUAUCAUCCAAAGAGGUAAAUAAUUAAGGUUUUGAAUC